CCUUUGUCUAUCCGGAUGGGGGCAAAUCGCCACCAUCCAAAGGGAACCGCAGGGAACGAGCCCGGUUGUAGUGGCAGUGGCGCCGCCUCCACUCCCAGCUCCUGCCGAUGCUCCAUUCAGCUGCUCCUCUUCUUCUCCUUCUUCAGUUUGACUCGUUGAUUGACUCGUGAGCUGAAUUGGUUUGUCUGGAGAACUUGAAAUUUCAGUACAAGUUUCAGAUAGGAUUUGGGGAGAAAUGAUCUCAUCUAUCAGCUUAUUUGGAAGCUCUCAGCAGCCUGCUCUCAAGUUUUACAGAAAAUGCUUGCCAAAUAACCCACAUUUUGCACUGACUGUGCAUUCAGUUGCAAAGUUCAUGGGUAAAGCUAUGAUUAUGAAGAGGGCACGUAUGAAGCCACAUGCCACGGACAUCAAGAGGAACCCCCAAGCCCAUGAGCUUUACAAAUUGGUUUAUAGACUUCCUGAAAACCUUAGCUGGCUUUUGGCGCCACCAGAAAUCCCUAAAAGACCAGCCUCAAAGAAUAUAAAACAGAAGGAUGAAAUGGUGACUGGUAAGUUUGGUGUGAUCUUGGAGUGGGAGGGAGUUGUCGUUGAAGAUGACGAUCCAGACUUGGAGCCCUGGGUUUGGUAUGUUCUAUCACUUGAAGAGGCAAAGUCUUUCCCUCCGGAUGCAUUGCUGAAGGAAAUUGAGGGAAUGAGAACUGACCAGGCUAUUUCAGAAGUCUUAUGUUGGUCAGAAGAUCCAGAAGAAAUUAAAAGGUUGGCAGCACGCAAAGAGGUAAUAUAUCAAACGCUCCGAGGAGGAUACUACCAACUGCGACCAGGUGUCCUUGAUUUCUUGAACACCCUUGCGGAUUUUGAAAUUCCAAUAGCAAUUGCAAGUCUUCGCUCACAGAAGAGCCUUGAAGAAGGUAUUAAAACUGUUGGUCUGCAAGGAUACUUAGAUGCUAUAAUUGCAUUAGAGGAUUUCUGCUUAGGGAAACCUGAUGGUGAGAUGUUUGAGGUUGCAGCAGAGAAACUUGGUCUUGACCCAGAUGUUUGUGUUGUGUUUGGCAAUUCAAACUUAACGACAGAAUCUGCACAUACUGCUGGGAUGAAGUGUGUGGCAGUUGCAGGCCGACACCCUGCCUAUGAGCUCCAAGCAGCAAACCAUGUUGUGAGAUGGCUUGAUCAACUCUCUAUUGUUGACUUGCAGAGGCUUGUCAAUGGUGAGGUUAUUGGUCGCAGGGGCAGAGAAUCCGACAUGGAUAUGGAGAUUGUGAUUGAGGAAUGAUGCUUCUGCAAACAUGACGUACCAAUAUAUUGUUGUACUUAUAAUCUGAUGUAGCCUAAGUAAUGCAUUACAUUUUGUAAACAGACCAAGCAGUGCUAGAUCAGGACUAAGGAUAGUCCUGGGCUUGAAUUACGUGCUUGGUUGUCCUGUGAUGCAUCCCUGUAAUUGCUUUAGCUUAACUACUCUUAGUCAUUAGGUUUCAAGUGAAGAAACACCCGCCAGUAACUGGUGCAUGUACAGUAUAUAUGUUUCACCUAUUGUAUUCCCUACUUUUCACGGUGAUGGAAAUUAAACUGGAACUUUGAACCUAA